AUUGGGAACCACUAUUCAUCCACCUGUUUCUAGUGUAUUUUAUUUCCAACGGACCCAUUUCCUUCAACUACUCCGCUCUCAUUUUGGUCCGUCCUUCCGACUUCCGCCUCAGCUACGAGCCGAGAUGGCCCCAACCAAGAAAGGAGAGAAAAAGAAGGGGCGUUCAGCCAUCAACGAGGUGGUGACCAGAGAGUACACCAUCAAUAUCCACAAGCGCAUUCAUGGAGUGGGUUUCAAGAAGAGGGCUCCCCGUGCCAUCAACGAGAUCCGCAAGUUCGCCAUGAAGGAGAUGGGAACUCCUGAUGUCCGCAUCGACACUCGCCUCAACAAGGCAGUGUGGAGCAAGGGGAUCAGGAACGUGCCGUACAGGAUGCGCGUACGGCUUUCCAGGAAGCGUAACGAGGAUGAGGACUCUGCCAACAAACUCUACACCCUGGUCACAUACGUUCCUGUCACCACAUGCAAAGGUCUGCAGACUGUCAACGUUGAUGAAAAUUAAAUUUGUGGAAUAAAUUAAAAAUACAAAGAA